AAGUGCAGAUUCAGAUAACUCGUUUGCAGGCUGUACAAUAUGAAGAACGAGAGGUUUUAGAGUUCCAAAACCCUCAUUCCCCUUCUCCAUAUCCUUUAUUUUAAAGGGAAGUACCCCCCAAAUUAAGGGAAAAAGAUCUUCAGGUCAGCUUCUUAUCUUAUUCUUUUGUUCAAUUUGUUCAAAUAUUUUGAUAUUUCUGUUAAUUUUUUCAACCGCCAUUUUUGAUGGAUCCUAAACUAUUUUUCGCUUCACCCAAAACCACCCAAUUCACUCAUACACCACUGUUUCUUUCGUGCAAAACCUCAAUUCCUGAAAAUCCCAUCUUUUCCCAGAAACCCCAUUAUAGUUUCUCUAUAAAAUCAUCUUUUUUGGGGCAAAAAUUGAUUUUGGGGCAAGAUGAAUUUGGGUUUUGCAAAAGUAGGAAAACCCAUGUCCCAAUUUUGCCAAUUAGAGCUGCUGUUAAGAGAAGGAAAGAACUCCCAUUUGAUAAUGUUGUUCAAAGAGAUAAAAAGCUAAAAUUGUUAUUGAAAAUUAGGAAGGUUUUAGUGAGUUACCCUGAUAGAAUGAUGCCCCUUAGAGAGUUGGGCAAGUAUAGGAGGUUAUUUGGUUUGCAGAGGGGACGGCGGUUUAUCGCCUUGUUAAAGAAGUUUCCUGGUGUAUUUGAGAUAGAGGAAGAAGGGGCAUACAUGCUUAGGUUUAAGUUGACACCUGAGGCUGAGAGGUUGUAUUUUGAGGAGUUGAAACUCAGGAAUGAAAUGGAGACAUUGUUGGUUGUUAAGUUGAGGAAGUUGUUGAUGAUGUCGUUGGAGAAGCGAAUUUUGUUGGAAAAGAUUGGGCAUUUAAGGACUGAUCUUGGGCUUCCUUUGGAAUUUAGGGACACUAUCUGUCACAGAUAUCCACAAUACUUUAAGGUUGUCCCAACUGAUCGAGGUCCGGCUUUGGAAUUGACUCAUUGGGACCCUGAGCUUGCGAUCUCAGCUGCCGAGAUGGCUGAAGAGGAUAAUCGUGCUAGAGAGUUGGAAUCAAAGAAUUUGAUUAUAGAUAGGCCUUUGAAGUUUAACAGGGUUCAGCUACCUAAGGGUUUGAAACUGUCCAAAAAUGAGAUGAGAAGGAUUAGUCAAUUUAGAGACAUGCCUUAUAUAUCCCCGUAUUCGGAUUUUUCACAUUUGAAGCCAGGUUCACCAGAGAAAGAGAAGCAUGCUUGUGGAGUUGUUCAUGAGAUUUUGAGCCUAACUAUUGAGAAGAGGACUCUUGUUGAUCACUUGACUCAUUUCAGGGAGGAGUUCCGGUUCUCACAACAGGUGAGGGGGAUGCUGAUUAGGCAUCCUGAUAUGUUUUAUGUUUCCCUUAAAGGGGAUAGGGACUCGAUUUUCCUUCGUGAAGCAUAUCGAGGCUCAAAUUUGGUUGAUAAGGAUAGGUUGUUACUUGUCAAAGAGAAGAUGCGGGCCCUUGUUAAUGUACCUCGGUUUAAAAAGGGGGGUACUCGAAAGAGUGACGAUGAAGCAGAAGAAACUAGUGAGCAGCAAGAUGAUAUCAGUGAAGGAGAGGAAGGGGAGUGGUCUGAUAUUGAUAAUGUUGCUAGUGAGGACUUUGACGAUGAUGAAGAUGAUAACGAUGACGAUGAUGAAGAUUACGAGGAUAUUUGGACCGAUGAAGACGAGACUCCCCCAGAUUUUGAUGACGAAAAUGACAAUGUCAAUAUCAAUGUCAGGGUUAAAUCAAGCAAAUCAGAAGAGCAGUUGGAUCCCUUGCCACUAAAUGAUGAACAACGAAUUCCUGUUUUCCCUGAUGGCCGACCUAGGGAACGAUGGUGAAGGAGAAAUUUUUUCCAUGUUUUAUGCGAUAUAGCAAAACUUUCAAGCACUUGCUGCAAGAAACUUCAGCAGUUUUCUGCCUAGUUAAAAGAAUCCUUCCUGUGUGGAACUAAAGAAUGUAAGUGAGACUACUUUUUGAGCUUGAUCCUCUUUCUAUGAAGUAGACUAGUUAAGUGAAGUGGAAAAGAAAACUAUCAUUUCUUGUUAAUUAUAGAAACAUAGUUCUUCUUGAUGGUGUAAAAUAACAGUUUGAGUCUGUUAAUGUACUCUGGUUUAUAGCUAUUGUUUAUAGUAUGUGAUUUGUUGCUUCUUGUUUAGGCUUCGUUUGGUUGAGUGUAAAAUAUUUUCAAUGUAAACCGAUUUUCAUGGAAAACAAUAUAAUUGUUGCAAGAAUACGGAAUGAGUUUGUUUUAUA